AUGCACCUGUGUUCACCCGCCUUUACCUGUGGUCACCUGUCCAUCACCUGUGUUCACCUGUCCAUCACCUGUGGUCACCUGUCCAUCACCUGUGGUCACCUGUGGUCACCUGCCUUUACCUGUGUUCACCUGUGUUCAACUGUCAAUCACCUGUGUUCACCUGUGUUCACCUGCCUUUACCUGUGUUCACCUGUGUUCACCUGCCUUUACCUGUGUUCAACUGUCCAUCACCUGUGGUCACCUGUGUUCACCUGCCUUUACCUGUGUUCACCUGUGGUCACCUGCCUUUACCUGUGUUCACCUGUGUUCAACUGUCCGUCACCUGUGGUAACCUGUGUUCAUCUGCCUUUACCUGUGGUCACCUGUGUUCACCCGUCCAUCACCUGUGUUCAACUGUCCAUCACCUGUGGUCACCUGCCUGUGGUCACCUGUGUUCACCUGUCCAUCAUCUGUGGUCACCUGCCUGUGGUCACCUGUGUUCACCUGUCCAUCACCUGUGGUCACUUGUAUUCACCUGUGUUCACGUGUCCAUCACCUGUCCAUCACCUGUGGUCACUUGUAUUCACCUGUGUUCACCUGUCCAUCACCUGUGGUCACCUGUGGUUACCUGUGUUCACCUGUCCAUCACCUGUGGACACUUGUAUUCACCUGUGUUCACCUUACCAUCACCUGUUGUCAUCUGUGUUUACCUGUGGUCACCUGUGGUCACUUGUAUUUACCUGUGUUCACCUGUCCAUCACCUGUGGUUACCUGUGUUCACCUGUCCGUCACCUGUGGUUACCUGUAUUCACCUGUCCAUCACCUGUGGUCACCUGCCUUUACCUGUGGUCACCUGUCCAUCACCUGUGGCCACCUGCCUUUACCUGUGGUCACCUGUGUUCACCUGUCCAUCACCUGUGGUUACCUGUGUUCACCUGUCCAUCACCUGUGGUCACCUGUGUUCACCUGUCCAUCACCUGUGGUCACCUGCCUUUACCUGUGGUCACUUGUCCAUCACCUGUGUUUACCUGUGUUCACCUGUCCAUCACCUGUGGUCACCUGUCCAUCACCUGUGGCCACCUGCCUUUACCUGUGGUCACCUGUGUUCACCUGUCCAUCACCUGUGGUCACUUGUAUUCACCUGUGUUCACCUGUCCAUCACCUGUGGUCACCUACCUUUACCUGUGUUCACCUGUCCAUCACCUGUGGCCACCUGCCUUUAUCUGUGGUCACCUGUGUUCAGCUGUCCAUCACCUGUGGUCACUUGUAUUCACCUGUGGUCACCUUACCAUCACCUGUGGUCACACGUGGUUGCCUGUGGUCACCUUACCAUCACCUGUGGUCACAUGUGGUUACCUGUCUAUCACCUUCAGGCGACUCAUCAUUAGGUAA